UGAAGAGAAUGGAAGCGGAGAAGGAGGAAAGUCAGGGUCUAAAAAUGAAUCCAGAUGCCAACAUCAGGAAGCCGCUACGUGCCAGAAAAACGAUGACCCCGAGUAGCCGAAAGCAAGUGGAAUUACUGAGAAAUCUUCAUGAACUGAGAAGGUCUGGAAGCAGCACCUACAGCGUGGACAAUUAUGUGCAGUUAAAAAUGAUUGGAACAGAGUGCUUAAAUUACAAAUCUUCCAAAGAAACGAACCCAGAUCUUGAAUCGAAAGAAAUGUUGGCCAAGGAGCCAGUAGCUAAACUGGUUGUUAAUUCUGAAAUCAGCAUUUAUAACCGCACUCCAGACGUGUCCAGGGGCCUUCCCCAUAACGGUUGUAGCACAGACACCAACAUGAAACAGUUUUUGAACGCCGGGUCUUUGCAAGACCUGCUGUUAAACUUGUAUGAAAAGGAAUCUGAUUCUCCGGUCCCGAAGCCGAUGGAAGUGCAUUUAUAUCCCAAACCAACCAGUCAGCCUUUGGACCAUUCAGAAGAACACAAACCAACCAGUCAGCCUUCAGACAUUUCAGAGGAACACAAACCAACCAGUCAGCCUUCUGGCUUUUCAGAGGAACACAAACCAACCAGUCAGCCUUCAGACAUUUCAGAGGAACACAAACCAACCAGUCAGCCUUCAGACAUUUCAGAGGAACACAAACCAACCAGUCAGCCUUCAGACAUUUCAGAGGAACACAAACCAACCAGUCAGCCUUCUGGCUGUUCAGAACACAAACCAACCAGUCGGCCUCUAGACCAUUCAGAAGAACACAAACCAACCAGUCAGCCUUCGGACCAUUCAGAAGAACACAAACCAACCAGUCGGCCUUCGGACUGUUCAGAAAAACACAAACCAACCAGUCGGCCUUCGGACCUUUCAGAAGAACACAAACCAACCAGUCACCCUUUGGACCUUUCAGAAGAACAGAAACCAACCAGUCGGCCUCUGGACCAUUCAGAAGAACACAAACCAACAAGUCGGCCUUCGGACCGUUUAGAAGAACACAAACCAACCAGUCAGCCUUCGGACCAUUCAGAAGAACACAAACCAACCAGUCGGCCUUCGGACCGUUCAGAAGAACCCAAACCAACCAGUCAGCCUCUGGACCGUUCAGAAGAAGACAAACCAACAAGUCGGCCUCCAGACCGUUUAGAAGAACACAAACCAACAAGUCGGCCUCUGGACCGUUCAGAAGAACACAAACCAACCAGUCGGCCUCUGGGCCGUUCAGAAGAACGCAAACUGACCAGUCGGCCUUUGGGCCGUUCAGAAGAACACAAACCAGCUAAUCAACCUUUGGGCCGUUCAGAACACAAACCAACUAGUCGGUAUCUGGACCGUUCAGAAGAACACAAACCAACCAGUCGGCCUUCGGGCCGUUCAGAAGAACAGACUGCCUCACGAGUUUCUUUUACUAGUGACACUCCUACUUUGGGUAAGACGAAGAAGGCACACAGCAGGCUUGUAAAUACUACCACUGAAGUAUUAAGACAAAAACUUUGCCAGUUCCAGUUCCGGGAAGCAAAUGCACUGUCUGAUGACGAUUUGAGGGAAAGGAGAACUUCUAGAUGCAAAGAAGAGGUCAGCUGCAAGCGCAUCACAUCAUCCAAUGAAACUGGAGUAGCUUCCACUAUGCAGUCAGACAGAAGCCAGUCGGGACUGGAAAAGGUCAAGUGUUUAAUCCGAAGCCACAUGGGAAACCUGAUGGGCGACCUGGAUCGCAAGCUGCAGAAGUUGAACGAAAGAGUCGACCACACGCAGUGUCUGCGGAAGCACGAAGAAAUAACGAUUCGGAUUAUAAAGAAAAUAUCUCGGCUGGACCGGCACGUAAAUUCUAUAGCGGACCUCCAAAGGUCUCAGUUGUCAAAACAGGUCAAUCUUCAGGGUGCACGGUCAAAAACAACCAUACUGAAUGUGGCCAGGCCCGUUCCUGACAGUCCAAAUGACCCGUCCGUACCACUGAAACGGCGGUCAGAAGAACAGCCUGGUGAAGUUCCUUCCAAAACCGCCAGAAGUUCUGCCAAGGAAGCAUGCAUCGAUGUGGAAACCUCUGACGUCCAAGCCAGGAAUUCAGCAGUGCAUAAUGGGAAGACCUCUAACGUCCAAGCCAGGAAUUCAGCAGUCCAUAGUGGGAAGACCUCUGACGUCCAAGCCAGGAAUUCAGCAGUGCAUGAUGGGAGGACCUCUGACGUCCAAGCCAGGAAUUCAGCAGAUGCUCAGCAGACGAAAACAUCUUCAGAUGCACACACCUCAGUCGAAGCCCCGUGUGAACCUAAGACCAAAUUUCUGAUUGACUUGACGGAAGAAGAGGAUACUAAACCAGAAGAAGAAGAGGUCUCGGUCAGCGUGAGUCCAUCACCCGAAAGCACCACGUCCAAGCCACCCCAGCCGAUGAUAGAGCUGACAGAGGAGAUCGCUGUGUCAUUUCCCCACCUCCCUCCGUUGCCGAAGAUCCGCCUCCACCCGCAGCACAUGAACGGCUUCAGAGACACCCUCCCGCCCCAGAAGCUCGAGCUGGCCGUCGCCCAGAUCCAGAACCCCAAAGGCAUCGCCCUACAGUGGAACGUCAAGGAAGUGGACCCCCGGUGCGCCCCCAUCGAGAGCUUCCACUUGUUCAUCUGCCUGGAGAACAAAAGGGAGGGCACGCGGUCCCGCUGGAUCAAAACCAACGAAAUCAAGGCGAUGUCCCUCCCAAUGGCUUGCUCCUUGUCCCAGUUCGCGGCGGCCGGCAAGUGUUACUUCGCCAUGCAGUCCAAGGAUAUUUUCGGACGCUUCGGACCCUUCUGUGAUAUUCAGUCGAUUACUACCGGUUAAUUUUUACUCGGGGUGGAGAGGAGAGAGAGAGAGACAGUGGGCAGCCUCCUUCCUCUGACACUUUGGGGACAUCUCGCAUCCUGUUCUCCGUUUUGCACUUACCUCUGGGCCGACACCCUGCGAACUGUUUACACUCCUUUUAAAAUGUUUCUUACUUGCUGUGCCCCUCGCCCAUAGCGUCACCGGCACGGUUCUGUAUAUUGGGAAAGUAUUCGAGUUUAUCCUUUGACAUAAUCUGAUAAGUGUUUGGUGCCAUUUCCGUUUCCUGCCUGGUGGGUAUUUCCUCUGAGAGCUGCAUCAUGGGGGAUCAGCCGUGCACGGGGAAGACCCCGUCCCUUCGCCGUUGCGUUUCCAUUUUCAUUUCACCCGCUGGCACUAAGAUGAAAAAGCGCGUCGUCUUGUUUCGCCUCCGAAGAAAUAGGUUUUUAAAAAAUCAAGUGCCUUUUUACGUUGGGUUACGUACAUUGUAAAUUGGUGCUAUUGAGAAUGUGCCUUUCUGUGGGGAAAAAAAUUAAUCUAAAUUAAAAUUUGAUUUAGAGGAGUGACCAAUAACUUGAUAUCCUUCAGAGCAUUCUCAUUCCCGUUGGGUCUUCUUGGCGUGUUUCUGAUCUGAUGCGGUUUUGAGAGAGUUAUAAUGUGUGUGGGUUUUUUUAAUCUCUUGUCGUGAAAAACAUUUUGCUAUGUCCUAAAUGUGAUUGAAAACUGUUUUGGCAGACGUGACUGGUUAUGACGCCCCCAGCCAGUCUUUGUGCGGCAGAAUCAGUGCACGGUGAUAAAUCUUUGAGUUUAUGGUUCCCGUAAUGUACAGACAUCUGCACCCUUUCCAACACCAUGAGUCUAAUUCUGAAAACAGUUUGGGUUUUCCCCAAAAAAAUACCUUGGUGCACUGUCGGAAUCAAAGAGUUAAAGUCAUGCGUCAAUGCAAUCCUAGUUGUAAUUUUAUUGUCACAUACACUAGGUAUGUAAAGUGCAGGCGUUAGCUUAACACUGCCUUUGCUGGCGCUUUGGCUGUCGGUCCAGAAACCAUUGUCCAGCGAGAGAUCCAAAACACGCUGGGAAAUUUCCGUUUCCCCACCUCCAGAAAAAGUUGGACCGAUGUAAAAAAACCCAGCCCCCAUUGUCCUGGCUGGAGUUGUGGGUGGCCGUUGCAUUUGUGUAAAGAUUAAGCACGGCCCGUCCAGUUGUUAUAACACGUUUGCCUUUAUUAAGCGAUCAGAUAUGUAACUGUGUAAAAACGGGAUAUAUGUAUGUACAUAUACAUACUAUUUUACAUAAAUAUAAACUCAGAAGUAUAAAAUGAUCCACCCAACCUAGUUGUUCUUUUCCAGAGAGGCACAAAAUCGGGGCACGGGAGCUGCCUGCCAGAUGUGCCCUGUGGGGGGGAGGGAGGGGGGAGUCAAAACCCAGAACCAGGGAGACAGUGAGGUCGGUGACAGGCCUGGAGGGGCUUUUGCCAAGCAAGGCUUCCGAUGGGUCUUUGCCUGUGCAGAUUUUUGAAAAAUUAACUAUAGGACCAGCUACCACCACCGGGCAAGGAUCUUCACUGUGGCCGAAGGAAGCUGUGGCAGCCAUUUUGUGGCCGUGCACACCAUGCUGUGUUAGAAUUCCAGAGGUGCCUGCAGACUAAAAAAACGUUGGGGACCCCCUGCUGUAGAGGGAGGGGAGGUGUCCCCGGAUCUAUUUACUUUUGGGGAUUUCAGCCAUGAAAGGAGAUGUAGCAGGAACAGGCUGGUCCAAUUCUGGUUUGUUCCCGCAACGGGAGUGCAUGCUCAAGAGACAUGUGUUGGAUCCUGUGGGAGGCGUGCGGUUUAGAAGAGUAGGGCGUUCUCACCGCCAGCAUCUCGCUGCGGCCCAAGGGGCUCCCCAAAAUGUGGCUCCUAGGGAGACUCCCCCCCCCCCCAACCUGAGGAAAAAUCUAUCACUAGAAAUCUACCACUGGAUCCAACCCACACUGUGUCGAAGAGGACUUUCCCUAUUUGCUGUGUCCUUUGGCUCCCGUUUCUAAGUUCUCGCACAUCGCAAAAAGGGCUUGGCAGCGUGCACGUUUACUUAUAAUUAGAAAGCACGUUAAGAACUUCUUCACCGUUGGUGCUUUUCGGUGAGUGCGUGGCGGGUCUUUCUUGUUGUUUUUAAGGCAGCGAAAAUUCUGUCUUGCGAAGCCGUCCUCGUGGUUAAGGGAGUCAGACGUUUGCCCCCAUGGAGGGGAAGCCAGCUCCCGUGCGGAAGGCAAGACUCAUGAAAGCAAACUUCCACCUGCCGACUGAUACCCUGGAGUAUGGCCUGUGGAGGCCUAGGGGAAGAGCUACCGUGAAGCGGGACCGCAGACAAUCGGAAGUAAAUAUUUGUAAUGUGAAUAAGCCCCCCCCCCCGGGGCUAAUUCAGGCUUUGUGGUCUCAUCGCCAAGCGAUUUAGCUUCAACUCCUGAUUUGAGGACUUCCCUCCUGCUCUGCUAAGGUUUACCUUUCGGAAUGAGGUGAACACACACACACCCCGCUCCCUUCCCUUCUGUUUGAAUUUGUUUUCCUUAAACCGUGGGGAAAUACCAAGGUAAGACUGAAAUGUCAGAGCAGAGAUGAAGAAGGCGUUUGGUUUAACGUUGCGCGGCCCCUUUUGACCCGCGAAACUUCCCAGGCGUACAGUAAAAGGGCAAGUGGUUUGGGGGAGGGACGCUUCCUUUCGAGGUAGCUCUGGACGUCUGCUUUGGUGAGAAGAGAAUCUGCUCAGAUGUCCCAACGCAGCGGUUUAGCGUAUCGGGGGACAUAAUGCCCUUCGAACCCUUACGGGGGUGCUCAUUCCAUACGUGCUGCCAGGCCCCCACGGGGGGGAGCAAAGAGAGGCCUAAGCUGGCAACGCAGCAGUCUCACUCCUGGCGCUCGCCAGAAGUUAUGUCACGGCAUCGCCAGCACUGUGGGACGCUCUGGUAUUUGGGCAAAAACUCCCACGGCCAGAAACGACUCCUACCAUAAGAGUUGUCGCCAAAGGACCCCGUGUUGCUAGUGACACAGUGACAUCAUUUCCGGUGAUGUUUGCCCGCCUUGACCUCUCUUCGCUGCGGUACAUCUCCUCACCAAUGUUCCCUCUAAGCUGUAGAGUCUUGUGAGCAAAAAUUCUGCUUUG